UUUUUUUCGCUGACAUUAGUAGUUUUAUUUUCUGCUUUUCGAAAAGUGUGUGAAAACUUACGAAAGAAUUGAUCCGAGUUUUGCGAUUAUUGGUGAUUAAAAUAAAAUUCUUCAAAUAAGGAUGGCAUCGAUUUGUGGACGCAUGGCUGUACGCUCCGUUGCACGCCAAAAUAUUGCCUACACUCCAGUCCGUUUUUGCAAAAUGAUGAACGAUCCCGUGGAGCAUGCCACUGGUCUAGAGAAACGUGAACUUUUGGCAAAACUAGCUGGUAAUGAUAAUCCCUUCGAUAUGAAGGUGUUCAAGCGUGGCGCUGGUACCAAGGAAACUCCAAAUCUAAUUCCAUCAGCUUUUGAUGCACGUAUUGUUGGUUGCAUCUGUGAAGAAGAUCAAACAUAUGUACAAUGGAUGUGGUUGCAAAAAGGUACAUCAAAACGUUGUGAGUGCGGUCACUGGUUUAAACUAAUCGAAAAAGCACCAGUUUAAAAUUCUAUAUGGCAGAAACUUAUGUUCAUAAUACCAAUUAAAAAAUCAAAUAAUUUUAAAAAAUUGUGUGAAUAAAGGAUGUAAAUCGCAAAACAUAAGACACCUAACAUGCAGACACAAUAUUUAAUUGUUUUCUAGUUAAAUUCUUAACAUGCUAAAUGCUUAUUUUAAGCUAAAUAAACGAAACAUUACAGCAACAAUUAAUAAAAA